UCGCCCGCUCGGCUCUCCUCCCACUCUCGCCACCUCCCCUCCUCGGCGCCUGUGCGAUCCCCGCGGGCGCGGGGACCCAAGAGCAGCGCCCGCUCGGCUGGCGGUGGAGCUGCGGGAGCGGCCGUGGUGGCCGCGCUGCGCCUCCCUGCAUUUCCCGAGUGGGGGCAGAGCACUCCCAGGCGGGAGACGUCAGUGGCUAGGCGCAGGGGACGAGGGACCUUCAAACUCCUCCUAGGAGGCUCUUCUCCACCCCCUCUGGCCCCUGCCCUUGGAGAAAGUGGAGUGUGGCACUCGGGCUGCUCUUACUUCUCAGGACUGCCUGGUGGUGGCCGGAUUCAGCCUCCUGCCCGGCGGGGCUCUCUGCUGUUUGCGCGUCUCCCGGUGGCUCCCCUUCCUCGCACACCUCUGCCGACGAUGAGGAAAGGUCUGCGGGCUACAGCGGCCCGCUGCGGACUGGGACUAGGAUACUUGCUGCAGAUGCUUGUGUUACCUGCCCUGGCCCUGCUCAGCGCCAGUGGCACCGGCUCGGCCGCUCAAGAUGAUGACUUUUUUCAUGAACUCCCAGAAACCUUUCCAUCUGACCCACCUGAACCAUUGCCACACUUCCUCAUUGAGCCCGAAGAAGCUUACAUUGUGAAGAACAAGCCUGUGAACUUGUACUGUAAAGCAAGCCCUGCCACCCAGAUCUACUUCAAGUGUAACAGCGAGUGGGUUCAUCAGAAGGACCACGUAGUAGAUGAGAGAGUAGACGAAACCUCGGGUCUCAUUGUGAGGGAAGUGAGCAUUGAGAUUUCACGCCAGCAAGUGGAGGAACUAUUUGGGCCUGAAGAUUACUGGUGCCAGUGUGUGGCCUGGAGUUCAGCAGGCACUACAAAGAGUCGCAAGGCUUAUGUGCGCAUUGCCUAUCUACGGAAGACAUUUGAGCAGGAACCCUUGGGAAAGGAAGUGUCUCUGGAACAGGAAGUCUUACUCCAGUGUCGGCCACCUGAAGGGAUCCCAGUGGCUGAGGUCGAGUGGCUAAAGAAUGAAGACAUAAUUGAUCCUGCUGAAGAUCGGAAUUUUUAUAUCACUAUUGAUCACAACCUGAUCAUCAAGCAGGCACGGCUCUCAGAUACAGCGAAUUAUACUUGUGUUGCCAAAAACAUAGUUGCCAAGAGGAAAAGCACCACAGCCACUGUCAUCGUAUAUGUUAAUGGUGGCUGGUCCACUUGGACAGAGUGGUCUGUGUGUAACAGCCGCUGUGGACGAGGAUAUCAGAAACGUACAAGAACCUGCACCAACCCAGCCCCACUCAAUGGUGGGGCCUUCUGUGAGGGACAGAGUGUGCAGAAAUUAGCAUGCACUACGUUGUGCCCAGUGGAUGGCAGGUGGACAUCAUGGAGCAGAUGGUCAACCUGUGGGACUGAAUGCACCCAUUGGCGCAGGAGGGAAUGCACAGCACCAGCACCCAAGAAUGGGGGCAAAGACUGUGACGGCCUGGUCCUGCAGUCCAAGAACUGCACUGACGGGCUGUGCAUGCAGGGAUUCAUUUACCCCAUUUCAACUGAACACAGAACCCAGAAUGAAUAUGGAUUUUCUUCUGCUCCUGACUCAGAUGAUGUUGCGCUCUAUGUUGGGAUUGUGAUAGCUGUCACCGUUUGUCUGGCGAUCACUGUUGUAGUGGCUCUGUUUGUCUAUCGGAAGAACCACCGUGACUUUGAGUCUGACAUCAUUGAUUCCUCAGCACUCAAUGGCGGUUUCCAGCCUGUGAACAUCAAGGCUGCCAGACAAGACCUCCUGGCAGCCCCCCCAGAUCUCACCUCAGCUGCAGCCAUGUACAGGGGACCUGUGUAUGCUCUGCAUGAUGUCUCGGACAAAAUCCCAAUGACAAAUUCUCCAAUUCUGGACCCACUGCCCAACUUGAAAAUCAAAGUUUAUAACACCUCAGGUGCUGUCACUCCCCAAGAUGACCUCUCUGAGUUCACAUCUAAGCUGUCGCCCCAGAUGACCCAAUCCUUGCUAGAGAAUGAGGCUCUUAACAUGAAGAAUCAGAGUCUUGCGAGACAGACUGACCCAUCCUGCACAGCAUUUGGCACCUUCAACUCGCUUGGGGGUCACCUCAUCAUUCCUAACUCAGGAGUGAGCUUGCUGAUUCCCGCUGGGGCCAUUCCCCAAGGGAGAGUCUAUGAAAUGUAUGUGACUGUACACAGGAAAGAAAAUAUGAGGCCCCCCAUGGAAGACUCUCAGACCCUACUGACCCCUGUGGUGAGCUGUGGGCCUCCUGGAGCUCUGCUGACACGCCCUGUCAUCCUCACUCUGCAUCACUGUGCAGACCCCAACACUGAGGACUGGAAGAUUCAACUCAAGAACCAGACAGUGCAGGGAGAGUGGGAGGAUGUGGUGGUGGUAGGAGAGGAAAACUUCACCACCCCCUGUUACAUUCAGUUGGAUGCAGAGGCUUGCCAUAUUCUCACGGAGAACCUCAGCACCUAUGCCCUGGUUGGGCAGUCCACCACCAAAGCAGCAGCCAAGCGCCUGAAACUGGCCAUCUUUGGGCCCCUUUGCUGUUCUUCCCUGGAGUACAGCAUUAGAGUCUACUGCCUGGAUGACACACAGGAUGCUCUAAAGGAAGUUCUACAGCUGGAGAGGCAGAUGGGAGGACAGCUCCUAGAAGAACCCAAGGCUCUUCAUUUUAAAGGCAGCAUCCACAACCUGCGCCUGUCGAUUCAUGACAUCGCCCAUUCCCUCUGGAAGAGCAAACUGCUGGCUAAGUAUCAGGAAAUUCCAUUUUACCAUGUCUGGAGUGGCUCUCAGAGAAACCUCCACUGCACCUUCACCCUGGAAAGACUCAGCCUGAACACCGUGGAGCUGGUUUGCAAACUCUGUGUGCGGCAGGUAGAAGGAGAAGGUCAGAUCUUCCAGCUCAAUUGCACUGUGUCAGAGGAACCUACUGGCAUCGAUUUGCCUCUGCUGGAUCCUGCAAGCACCAUCACCACUGUCACAGGACCAAGUGCUUUUAGCAUCCCUCUCCCUAUCCGGCAGAAGCUAUGCAGCAGCCUGGAUGCCCCCCAGACAAGAGGCCAUGACUGGAGGAUGCUGGCCCAUAAACUCAACCUGGACAGGUACUUGAAUUACUUUGCCACCAAAUCGAGCCCAACCGGUGUGAUCCUGGAUCUCUGGGAAGCACAAAACUUCCCAGAUGGAAACCUGAGCAUGCUGGCAGCUGUCCUGGAAGAAAUGGGAAGACAUGAAACCGUAGUGUCCUUAGCAGCAGAAGGGCAGUAUUGACCAUACUGGAACUGAAAUUGAGGGACCAAAUUACACAGAGAGUCUGUGUCCAGGGGAACCACAGCUGAGGAGGAAAUCCAGAUGGGACCAAGGCACUUUUCAGGCAAGAUGGCAGCAGGAAAGGUGGGGGACAGUUACAACCACCAAGGUACAUGCCCACUUCAUUCGGACAGCACCACCACGGGAGUUAAGAAAAAUUGUGUAAAUUUGUACCUUGAAUUUAGAAAUCAAUCUAAUUUUCUCUUCGUUGGGCUGUAUGCUGUAUGGUACAGGAUCUUACAGUUUCCUAGGAAACGCUUUUUAUUGCUAUCCAGAUGUAUGGAUAAACUUUCUUAACAAACCCAAUUUCUACAAACGUUGUUUACAUCAAAUUGGACAGGGAUGCAGACACUGUCCAUGGCUCGUUCUAUUUUUGUUCCAAUCAUUUGAAGUUGAAGCUGUGGACGGUUUGUUGAGUCUAUCUCAGAUUAGUAAUUUACAGAGAAAUCACAGACUUUUGCUACAAAUCGUGUACAUCAAGUGUCUCAGAUAAUCCUCCCAUCAGUGUUGUUUCUGAAACUUGUUGGACCAGUGUUGGCAUUUGUAUCAGGGAAGUGGAGAAUCAGAAAGGAGAUGACUAAGAUUCCUUAUGCCAUGGGGGAUAUCAGUUGGUAUCCUUUGGGGACAGAGCUGUGCAGGGAAGAUAGUGAUUCAUGUUCCUCCACUCAAACAUUUCUGUACCACAUGUGUUUGUAAUAUGCAAUUUCAAGUGUUUUUAAAAUAUUAUCAUUAUUAUGAUUAUUACAAAUAUUCUAGUAAAAAGAGUUUCUUUUGUUUUAGUUAGCGAUACUAUUAGUAUUUGGUAUUGACUAGACCUGCCUCCCUUUCUUUCAUAAAGAGGUGGGCGUGGUCACCAGUUUAGUUCAAUAGGUCUCACUUCCUUGACAUUUGAUCUCCUAUUCGGUGGUGAAGAAAUUGAAGUGUUCAAUGGCUAUGUCUACUCUUUCUGCUUUCUUGGGUAGUCUUUCUGUUCUGGGUCUUAUCAUGAGAAGGGUCCUCUAUGUAAAGCUCAUUUAAUCUUGUGGCUGUCUGCUGAGAAGCAGUGUAGUUUGUGGGCAAUAGUUUCUGAACUAGGCAUCAGGAAACCAAUUAUCAUUCUGGAGCUGGUCACUGUCUGUGUGACCUUGGGAAAAACAUUGAAACUCAUUGUAGUUCAUUUUACUGAUCUGUAAACUAUGGGUGAGAUCCGAUCAUCUCAAGAUUCCAGAAUGCUAACCUCCCAUUGUGAUGUCAUCAGUCUUAUUCAUCAAUUUGAAGAUUAUAAGAGACUCUGGCCUUGGACCAUUCAUCCAGACAGCCUUUUGCUGAAAUACGUUGCAUCUUUCAGGCAGUAUUGACUUGAACAUGCAUAUAUUUGUUUGGCUCUCUUGUCUUUGUGUCAUGGUUACAUGAUGUUGUACGCUGAGAGAUGACAUCCUUUUAUUAUCACUUUCUUGUCCUCUGGUGGUGGGGGGGCUAGACUCCAGCCUUCCAACUAGUUGUAAAUCUACUUUACUCUUAUGUUGAACUCAAGACCAUCUCUACAAAAUACCCAUGCUGCUGAAGGAGUUGGUAGUUUUUCUUCCUUAAGUGAUCUUUGCUUUAAUAAUAGUCAAUUGUAUUUACAGAGUUUAAUUAGCUCUUUUUUUCCUACGAAAGGUUAAUAGUUUUGCAAGCCAUGAGUUUUUCUAGGAACCAUCAUGGUUUGCUUGACUAUAGGAAUGACAUUCAGCACAUGGAGAAUGAAAACUUAGCAGUCCCAAUCACAGACAAACAGGGAGCACCCAUGUCCUCAAAUCAGAGCCUUCAAAAUACAUCUGUGGCUCACGUUGGGGCUGGAAAUAUCCAGUACGCAGAAUGGUUCCAGUUAGGAAACAUCUUACCCAUCUCCUCUCCUAUUUCUGUUACUUCUUGAUAUUCUCUGACUCUUCUGUCUUAGCCAUUAAAGAACUGUGAAUACGGUGUGGAGGCUCUUCAUUCCUUCUGUUUAUCUUUUUUUUGAAUAUGUAUUCUACAAUUGCAUUCUCUAACAAUUACAAUACUCAUAUGUAAAAACACUGGUCUAAAUUGUCCAAAGGUAGUCCUAUACUCCUAAGCAAGUUCUUUAAGAAUUCAGACAGAUACUCUUAAAAUGCCAGAGGAAGAAAGAGUUGUCCACUGUCUCUUGAAACAAAUGUGAAGAUUCCUCUUUAGUACUGGGAUUUGGGAAUCAUAAAAAUCAAAACCUACAGAUCGGGACUGGAUGUUUUAUGUAACUUCAAUGCUUUGUAAGUAGAGAAGGGCAGAUGUGUUAUUCUGCUUAAUCUAUCCUAAAAACUUCUAAAUUACCAACAGAAUUAUCGAGUAUAACCCAAACAAUAUUGUUGAAGCUGUUAACGGUGCUCGUGUUCAAGCAUCUAGAGAUACUAGCUUUUUUAUUCCACCUCUCACAACAGAAAUAGGAAAAAUGACUGAUCUCUUAUGAGGUACUCAUUUGUCACAAAACUACUUUCUGUCAUGGGAAAGACAGUUUUCAAACUAGAGCAUACCAUCCAUCAGAUAUAUAUGGUAUUUUCCUUUGGAGGAAAGCAGUAGUUGUUAGAUCAACUGUUCUCCGACAUGCAAGGUUCACCUGCCACAGUUCAUUUCAGAGGAAGCAUCCUUAUCUCCUCUGCAGCAAAGCCGGCUCACACAGGCCUGAGGAAAGCUGUGUUUCAUGAAGUUGGGUAGAAGCCAAUUCAUUUGUGCACUGUGCCAUCUAGUGGUCCUCCCUAUAGUUACUCAGUUCCAUAAACAGCUACUAACAGUCGACAGAGAACCUACAGAGAUUAGCGACAUGGGGAAUUUUUCCUUCCAAGUAUGAAAUUUCCUUAUUCUAAUAUCCGGUCAGUUAAAUCACCCAUUUCAAAGUUGUCUGAGUACAAUACAUCAUCUACUUCCUCAUAUACAUCUAAAGUUACUUUCCUGUAACUUCAGACAUACAUGAAAUUUAUAAAAAGUCAUUAAAAGUUGUCUUUUUUAUUUUAUUGAACUUUGUUUGCAUAUUUAAGAUCUUCUAAUUUCAAAUUACUAACCAUUAGAAACAUAAACAGUAUUCAUUAAGGCGGUGCCCCCACCCCAAAGACACACACACACACAGAGCAUCUCCUUGUUUUAAUAUUUUCAGAUGGAUUCUUGCUAGGUAUCUCAGGAUACCCUCAAACCUAUGAUCCUAUUCCCAUAGGUUCUCCUUUAAGCAAGUACCAUUACAUGUACUUUUAAACCUUUGUUUUUGUGAGUAAGAAUUCUGUGUCUAUGGAAAUUGUGGUUGUUGAUCAAAAAUGAUCAUUAGAUCAUGUUGAUCUUCUGAGAUUAGGAAUGUAAAGGCAGAGGCUUCAUGUUCUGAUUUUUUUUCUCAUGGCAUUAAUUCAAAUUGACUUGCUAGCUGAGUCCAUGGCAAUGACAAGCAAGUGUCAAGGAAUUCAUAGUCAAAUAUCUUCAAAGCAGAUGUCUUACCUCUGCUAUACCAAGAACCCUUCUUCACCUGAACGUAUCAGUCUCUUCCAGGAAAGGAUGCUUUGUGGGGUGAGAGGUCCAGGAUCAACUGUAUUAUGAGCUAUUUUGAUAUGUGCUAUGAUUCUGUAGUUUUGAAUCACUACACUAUCAAAGAGUAGAGACCUUUUUUUAGGGGAAAGUCACAAUGACUAUGUUUAGGGCCUUCUAGAUGUUUAUAGUCCAGAUAUUAGACAUUCCGUUGUCUUAAAGACAUCUUUCCUAAAGUAAAUUGGAAUGCAAACAUUCUGAGGGUGGGAUCUGGACACGUCGCUUCUGGAGAAAAGGCGGCAGGCUCUUGUCUUACAUCUUCCAGUGCCUCUGUGCAGGACCUGGCAGCAAUGCUCGAGUGACUCACACCGCCACAGCACAGGAUGGAGGGAGCUUAUCAGAAUGGUGAUCUGUCCCAGAAUCCAUACAUUCCUGCAGUCCAUGCUCUGUGGCUAAUGAAUGUAGACCCGAGGAAGGAUGUUGGAGACUAUGUGGUAAAAGUAGAAAAGGUUUACUUGUUGUGAGUCUUCAGGAUGAACAUGAAUUUGAGCUGAGCAAUUACUCUGGACAAAUAAUCCAUUCAGAUGUCAAUGUCGGUGUAAGUCCAAGGCCAGUGGCAGAAAGGAGGAUGACAGAAACACAGUGAGGGUAGAAUUAUGCUUGAGACAUCCUUUUUUGAGAAGCUUUGCAAAUCAGAACAUCAUUGUUCACGAGAGUCAUUUGUAAAGAUGGUAAUGGCAAGUGAGCAUCUUAUUUUAUAGAUCCAAAAGGAAAGAUAUUUUUAUUAUUAUCUCAAGUUAAUAAAACUGGUUUUACCUUCUGAGUGCCUCAUGGGACCAACUAUCUUACUCCUUUCUUUUUGUAUUGGUUUUGUAUUUUUAAAACAUACUGAGCUGACAUUGACUGAAAACCUUAUAACUCUUUCUGUGCAAUGAAAUGCUGUCUCUAUGCCCCCAAGAGAUUCUUUUGUGUCACCUCUGAUUAUACUGAUCACCUUGACAGCUCCCCAAUAAUAUUUAAUGGAAUUGGGACUAUGGGGAAUAUUCACAUUAUAACCAUACUAAUUUAUGUUCAUGUAGGCUAAAUAAUCCAGGUAAAGUCACAAAUACUUCCCAAAACCUGGAAAUUAAGCUCAUUUUUAAGUAAGAGUCAAGAUGGCCUGCAUGUACCUGGGUGAAAUGUCUCUUCAAACUGACAAUGUAGGUAUGGAUCCUUUGGUAUUAUUGGCCAAGUGGUUGUCCCCUUUUUCUGAACACUUACUGCAAUUGUCUUCAGAAAGUCCAGUGGGCUUGACCACUUUCAUUACUGAGCUGUGGUGGGAUAUUAACAGGGCUUAUUAACCAAAGGUAUUUUCUGCCAGAGGCCUAUCUAUGUAUGUGUGGCUGGGGAGGUAUCCUCAGGACCAGCAAAUACACUCCAUAAAUCCAUAAACAUAAUGGCAGACAAAGCCAAUGAGGCAUAAGAGGCUACCUGCAAGUCUUCAGUAUACUCAACUAUAUAAUGGAGGGAUCUGUCCCAAGAACUUCCAGAAUCCUAUAUUGGAAGUCACUGCCAUAUAUCAGGACAGUCAUGACCAAACCCACUAGUUGUUCAAUAGAAAACCAGGGAGUGUGUGAGAUACAAUCAGCUGUCCACCAGUCAUACUUUUUGCUAUGGCACACCAGUUUUUUUUAUACAUUGUCUGAGAAUUUGUGCUAUGGCAAAAUGACAAGUUGAAGGCAACAGUACUGUUGGGCCCAUUUUAAAUAAACCCAAGCCCUGUGUCAUCUUUAUAUACCAAAGGUCUAAUGCCAUGAAGCCCGAUGUCAGCCAGCAGCGGUAACUGAAUUGUGGGCUGGUUGUACUGAUCAACAGCCUAAUAGUGAUGAGCUCUUGGCCUUGGAUCUUCCCUCAGCACUAUAAAGUGGCAGCAUCAAAGCUUCAUGACAAGCUCUAUGCUGUCUGUUAAACCAGUUUUAAGACGGCAUACAAAACAAGAAAUCCACAGCUAGUAGAAAAUGCCUUUGCCAUGGUUGUGUUCCUACCAUCAUUGAUAGGACCUAUAACUGUAUACAUAUGAACUCUCAUGCUUUUCUUCAGAUCCUGUAAAAGAAGAGCUGAACACAUGACUUGCAUUCCUUCUUUCACUUUUUUCUAGACCUCACCCUCCAGACAAUAUACUUAGCCAAGUUGCAGGGAAUAUCAUCACUGUGUUUGUGUGUGUAUGUGUUUGUAUACUGUGCCUGUGUGUUGGACAUCACAGUGCUGUUUGUAGUGAGCUUAAUGUUGAGCUGUAGAGAACCAGUAACCUUCCUCCUCUUUGUUCUAAAGAUGAAAACCAACAUUCAUCAGAAAACAAUUCUCAGCCUUCUUCUAAAGAGAGACUGGGUCACCCUGUGCCGUCUUCUUUGGACCAGCUCAACUUCAUAAGUAUCAGGUUAAAAUUUUUAUGCUUUGUCAGUUGUUUUCUAUUUUUUUCCUAAGCAAAAACACAACCUUGGCUUCUCAGAUAGGGAACACUUCUUUGUUAUAGAAUUCUGUCUUGCUGUAUCUUCUAUGCAAUUCCUUUUUUAAUGACCCCUGGUGGCAAAGGAGUGCUCUCCAGCAUUCCAUUCAUCGCCUUGCUGUGUGAUGGAGGUGAGGGACACCAGCUCUGUGUGCCUCUUUUCUCUCCCCGGUUGCCUCACCCAAUUUUCCUGCAGUCCCCUUGGUUUGUAAAUUGCCUGCAUUUAUUGUCAGCCAACAUGUACAAAAUGUAAGAAAGAAUUUUUAAACAGGUAAUAAAUUAUAUUUAUAAGCAA